AUUCUCGGACACCAAGGUCACCCAUCAUAUCGUCCCAAAGCAGCAACAUGGCCGCCAACGCUGUCGCCCCCAUCGUCUACCAGCUGCAGGAAGGUCUUCGCAACGUCGCCAUGAGGAGCUUGGUCAAUUCGUUUGACCUGAAGGGCUUGGUCAACAAGCUGGACAUCCAGACGCUGGGCCUGGUGGCGCUGGUGGCUAUGGCCGCCGUGUUCCUGUUGGACCUGUUCACCAAGAGCUACGCCCCUUUCGGCAGGAGUUUGGUGUCCUCCGCCGCCCACGCCUGGGAUAAGGCUGACCAGUGGGGCCUCAGCGGAAGUGUCCGUGGAAGGUGAGGACUGAUAUUUUAUAUCUUAAUCAGUGACGUUUGAUAUCUAUCAUGUAUAUAUACAAACCUUAGUAAAUCAUCACAUUUCAUAAAUUUGCUGGUAUUGACAACUAUAUGUUUUAGGUAACACUAAAUGGGCAUUCCUUUGGACUUUGUGUUUUAACUUGGCAAUACUCCGACACAGCCGUUCCCUGGAGCCC